AGCAUUAUAAAUAGAAAAGCUGUGAGUGUAGUUCUCUUCAUCACAUCAUCACAGUAAGCACUAUAGAGUAAGACAUUCAACUAUGGCUACCCUUUUAGCUCCCAGCAACCACUCUCCCCGUGAAGAUGCUGAAGCUCUCAGAAAGUCUUUUGAAGGAUGGGGAACUGAUGAGAAGACUGUCAUAGUAAUAUUGGGUCAUAGAAAUGUGUAUCAGAGGCAGCAAAUUAGAAGAGCUUAUGAAGAAAUUUACCAGGAGGAUCUUGUGAAACGCCUUGAGGCUGAGAUCAAAGGAGAUUUUGAGAAAGCUGUGUAUCGCUGGAUAUUGGAACCUGCAGAUCGUGAUGCUGUUUUGGUGAAUGUUGCCAUCAAGAGUGGUAAAAACUACAAUGUUGUUGUGGAAAUUGCCACUGUCCUCUCCCCUGAAGAGCUAUUUGCGGUGAGGCGCGCUUAUCUCCACCGCUACAAGCACUCCUUGGAAGAAGAUGUGGCUGCUCAUACCUCUGGCCAUCUCCGCCAGCUUUUAGUGGGACUGGUGACCUCAUUCAGGUAUGCUGGUGAUGAGAUCAAUCCAAAAUUAGCACAAACUGAAGCUGAAAUUCUUCAUGAGGCUGUGAAAGAGAAGAAGGGAAGCCAUGAAGAAGCCAUCAGGGUCUUGACUACAAGGAGCAAGACUCAACUGAUUGCAACUUUCAACCGCUACAGAGAGGUCCAUGGUGCUUCCAUCACCAAGAAACUGUUGGAUGAAGGAUCUGAUGAGUUUCAGAAGGCAUUGUACACUGCCAUUCGUUGCAUCAAUGACCAUAUUAAGUACUAUGAAAAGGUUCUUCGCAAUGCAAUAAAAAAGGUUGGAACUGAUGAGGAUGCACUCACCCGUGUGAUUGUGAGCCGGGCUGAAAAGGACCUGAAGCUCAUUUCUGAAGUUUAUUACAAGAGAAACAGUGUUCAUCUUGAGCAUGCUGUGGCCAAGGAAACCUCAGGGGACUACCAGAAGUUCCUUCUCACUCUGUUGGGAAAAGAAGAUUAAAAAUUUUUCUGAGGGCAUUUGUGGUUAUGAGUAGAACAUCAAGUUAUAUGCUGGUGUCUGAUGGUAUUAUAUGUGUUGGUUUUCCUUGUUGAGUCUAUUUUCAGUUUUCCUUGCUCUUCCCCUCGUUAUAUUUGCUGUAUGAGGACUUGAAGUUCUAUCUUAUAUAGUAAUAUGAUAGCUCUUUGGUUGCU